AUGUGUCAAAUGAUUGGAAAGCGUCGUAUGGCCAUCCCACUCUCAGUCAAGCAGGACAUCCCCCGCCUCAUACUGGUACUCAUCAUGGGACCCAUCAUCACCAUAGUGAUAAUUCUACCAACAUGUACCAAAGACCUCCUCUCCCUCAUACUGGUACUCAUCGUCCCCACAGUGAUAAUUCAAACUGGUAUGUACCAAAGACCACCUCCCCCUCAUCUUGGUACUCACAACCCCCACAGUGAUAAUUCUGCCAGCAUUUAUCAAAGACCACCUCCCCCUCAUACUGGUUCUCACAACCCCCACAGUAAUAAUUCUACUCACAUGUACCAAAGACCUCCUCCCCCUCAUACUGGGACUCGUCGUCCUCACAGUGAUAAUUCUAGCAUCAUGCACCAAACACCCUCUCCCGCGCAUACCAAUACAGAUCAUUCCCACAGUGAUAUUUCUACCAACAUGUACCAAAGACCUCCUCCCCCUAAUCAUCAUCCCCACAAUGAUAAUUCUACCAGCAUGCAUCGAACACCUCCUCCUCCGCAUACUGAUUCUCAUCGUCUCCACAGUGACAAUUCAUCAGACAUGUACCAAGCACAUGAGUACAGUACGUACCCUGAAAAUGCUAGGACUCGUGAUCAAAACAGGUUUAGUUCAAACUAUGCAAGAGAUUCUAGCACACCAAGUACACAUGAGCAUCAAAAGAAUGUACAACAAACUUUCCAUGAAAUGUCCCCACAACACCAAAGACACCACCGUGAAACAAAUCGACCACCUCCCUCACUGCUCUCAUUACAACUACCGCCAAAUGUUGGCCAACAGAGAAAGGACAGCUUUGCUCCGGGCAAACAUCAAGCGUAUCCACCAGAGCUGAAAAGGCCACCUCGUUUUUCACAGCCAAGUUACCAUGCAAGACAGUCUGUAUCAGACAAAGCUACUACUCAUCAACCAAGUAUACCAAUACAUCGUUUGCCUUCAGACAAUUUGCCCAAACCUGCAGCCAGCAAUAUGUCACCUGAGCUGAAACGAUCUCGUCUGUUAAAACCUGACUAUCUCUAUGAAGCUGGGCAGAGGCAAAUAUCCCCACCUGAUUUCAGGAGAGAUUAUCACAGUGAGCCAAGCAAUACCACUCCUGAGAUGAAUAGGCCUCGUCUUUUACAACCUGACUAUCUGAAAGCAUCUGGUCACAGCCAAACACUCUCACCGGACUAUAGAAGAGGACCAGGUCUUCUGCAGCCUCAACAUCUGCAUAAAUCACACAACACUGUAGAACAACCACAACAGACAUUCAAGAAAAGAGUACGACAAAGUCGUUGGUGUCCAGUUGAAUCUAACCCUCAAACUGAUAACCCAGAGAGAAAUGUUGAAGAUAAUUGGAAGCAUGAUGGAAACAUUUCUCAAAGUUUAGGCCCACCUGCUAACUUUGAACUUAAACCGUAUGUGCCGAAAAGAUUUCAAGACAGUGGAGAACAAAACAAUGGAAAAGCAGUAGAUGUUGGAACUACUGACAAUGCAAGAGAAAAAAAUGAUGCUGACACUCUUCUGCCCUCAUUGACAUUAAAAACUCCUAUAGUAGUGAUUGCUGCCAUCAAUGAAGGAGUGGUUGAUAGACUACCAGUGAAACAAGCAAUCAACUUAGCUGGUCACACGUCUGCAGUGAACCACAUCAAAUGGAACGUCAGUCAGUAUAGCCAUCUUCUUGCAUCAGCAUCCAUGGAUAAAAAAGUUAAAAUUUGGGAUGUUAUAACUGAUAAAAAGUGUGUACAAACAUUAUCAUUUCACACUGCAGGAAUCAAAGAUAUCAGCUGGAAUCACAGUGGUAAACAAUUAAUAAGUUGUGGGUUUGAUAAAAAUGCAAGAUUGUGUGAUGUUGAAACAGGUCAAGAGUUGGAGUGCUUCAAUCAUCCAUCUUAUGUGACGUGCAUCAGAUAUCAUCCGCAAGAACCCAAUGUUUUCAUCAGUGGUAUAUAUGACUCUGCAAUACUGUGUUGGGAUAUUCGAUCUAAAAAGAUUAUACGAGACUACAGAGGCCAGUUUGGUCAAAUUUUGGAUCUUCAAUUUAUGUCAGGUGGUUCUGAAUUUCUUUGUUCCACUGAUGUUGUUUCUAGAGAUUCCUCUGACAGAACCAUUAUUGCCUGGGAUUUCCAAUCUGGAGCUGUGUUAUCUAACCAGAUCUACCAUGAGAAGUAUACAUGCCCAUGUCUGAGAGUUCAUCCGUGCGACAAUUCAUUCAUUGCACAGAGCAAUGGAGAUUAUAUUGCUUAUUUCUCAACUAUCAGGCCAUAUAAAAUGAACAAAAACAAACGAUCGGAGGGACACAAGGUAUCUGGAUAUCAAAUAGGAUGUGAUUUCUCCCCUAAUGGUAAAAUGAUUGUAAGUGGAAGUUCUGAUGGUAAAGUUUAUUUCUAUGACAACAAGACAGGGAGGCAGGCCCACCAAAUGGAGUGCCAUAAAGAAGCCUGUACAGACGUAGCAUAUCAUCAUACCAUAUCUGGCAUGGUUGCUACAUGUAGUUGGGAUGGCAGCGUCUCAGUUUUACAGUAAUUUUAGACCAUCCUGUGUAGAUUUAUACUCUGAGGUCUUUGGACAGAUGGUGCAAAUAUACAUGCUUAGCAGGACACAUUCAGACUCAAUUUUGGAACACAAUUUUAAAAACUUGAAGCUCUACUGCUAUACCACAUUGUGUUCAUAUUAGACCCAUGCAAAAUUCAAACACACAUUGAGUGGGGUGACAUAUGGACGACAUAUUGUCAUGAACUUAACAUUUUAGCAAAUGAACGUCCUUGUGGAGCAGACAAUAUUGAAAUUGUUUAUAAAACCAUAUCACGUACAUGUAAUUGACAUGAUUGCAACAGUGUGAUGAUACCAUCUCAUCUCUUCUCAAAAUACACGUAAACGAAAGCUCCUUGGGUCAUUUGACAAUAUAUUCAAUGUAAAAUUCUAAAUAUUGUUUUUUGGUUCACUCGCGAGAUAUCCACUUGAACAUUAUACCUUAUUUCAUAGAUUUGCCAAUUUUCUUCAAAUUCUAAGGAACUAUUCAAAUUUUAUAUUUUGUACUGGUUUGUACUGUAGCAGGAAUUAAUUUGUGCUGAAAUUGCAUUAUGGCCAUUUGUAGCAAGAACCUUUUUAGUCCCCGUUUGGACACAGUCCGAAAACGGGGACUUAUGUUUUGACCUCAGUCCGUGCGUGCAUGCGUCUGUGCGUCCGUACCUGUA